CAAGCCAAGCUGUACAUCGUUGUCAGAAUUGUAUUUUCGUUUUGUUAUUUCGCAUUCUGCAGGUUCUUAUUUUGGUUUAUGGGAAAACACAAGAAUAGCGUUCAAAAUUCCAUAAUCGUGGAGUUUAUGGAAAAUAACCCCGACAUCGCUAAGGGCUACACAAAACGAGAUAAGGCACUCGUUAACGCUCUUUGGCAAGAACUAUCAAAUUCUUUAAAUAGCGCAGGCCCACCCCAAAAGGAUGCUAAUGGGUGGAAGAAGGUAUGGACUGAAUGGAAAAGUGAGAUAAGAAAAAAAUUAGGUGGGCUUUCCAAAACGGAACCAAUCGAAAUUUCAGCGAAAGUUCACUCUCACAAUAUAAUUGCUAAUAGUAUUUUAGCAAUUUGUUGUUAAAUAAUGUCCACUAUCACCCCCUAAUUUUUUUAAAAUAUGCCACUUAUCACUUAU